AUGCUUACUAGAUGGCCAAUUGCAUUUUUGCUGUUUAUUUCAAUAGUUGCGGUACGAGCCGGUCCGAGGUACAGUUCUCGAAUUGUCGAAAUUGAAACCGGCGCCAUUCGCGGUAUUAUCCUCGAGCUCAACUCGCGCCAUCUAGAGCCGGUCGAAGUGUUUCGCGGUGUACCGUACGCCGCCCCUCCCGUCGGACCUUUACGCUUUCGUCCACCCGCGCCGCCACUGACUUGGCCCGGUACGCGUCUCGCCGACACCUUCGGCUCCGUCUGCCCCCAGAGAUAUCCGGACAUCACGAACAAAACUGCCGCCUUACAGUUCAUGCCGAAAGGGCGCUACCACUACUUGAAGAAGCUGCUACCGCUCCUCGUCAACCAAUCCGAGGACUGCCUGUUCCUGAAUAUCUACGUACCUGGCAGUGGUGGGUAUUGA